UAGAUGCGCAGUGCGGUGUCGGUGGUUCUGGAGCCGCACAGUGCGGCGGCCUGAUCUGUUCGCGGUGAUCGGUGUAUGGGGGGAGACUGACACACUGGCAGGAAUUCCUGACCUCUGCUGACCAGAAGCCUCUUUAUGCAGAAAUCUGGGGGAUGGCGGUCAAUGUUUAUUCCACCUCUGUGACCAUCGAAAACCUGAGUCGUCAUGACAUGCUGGCCUGGGUCAACGACUGUAUACAGCUCAACUACACCAAGAUAGAGCAACUGUGCUCAGGCGCUGCAUACUGUCAGUUCAUGGACAUGCUCUUCCCUGGUUGUAUCUUACUGAAGAGAGUGAAAUUCCACGCCAAGCUGGAGCAUGAAUACAUCCACAACUUCAAAGUCUUACAGGCCGCCUUCAAGAAGAUGUCCGUGGACAAAAUUAUUCCAGUGGAGCGGCUAGUGAAAGGAAAGUUCCAGGACAACUUUGAAUUCAUCCAAUGGUUUAAGAAAUUAUUUGAUGCAAAUUAUGACGGGAAGGAGUACGACCCGCUGCUGGCCCGGCAAGGGCAGGACCUGGCGCCCCAACCCAACCCAGGAGACCAGGUCUUCAACAGGCCCAAGAAGCCGAUCGGCACAACAGUCCCCCAGAAGACAUCCCCUACGGGCCCCAAGAUGAUGCAGCCCCCGCCACGACUGCAAAACACCUCCCACCCUGUGCGGAAACUCCCGCCCAUCACCCGGAACGGUGCCAAUGACCUGGACCUACAGAUAACAGAACUCAACCAGCAGGUAAGGGAGGCCGGAGCCCGGGUAACGCAAGGUUGGGCACUGUCAAG